AUGGAAAAUUUUAAAAGUUCAAUAGUUAACCAAAAAUUACCACCUAAAGUUACGCUAAUGUGGGCUUAUAAUAAGUAUGGUUGUGAUGUCAAAAGAUAUGAAACUAAGGAUGAUAUUUGUUAUAAGUGUAAAGGAAUAAGUUUUAAUGAUCUUGAUUUAGCAGUAAAGUUUGCUCAAAGAUAUUGCAGAAUUAAAAGCAUAGAUAACCAAGAAGCAACUAUUACAAGAGUAAGAGAAAUGGAUAAAGGAUGUCAGAUUCGUCGACGUCAUUUACCAAAAAGAACUCAAGCUCUUUGUCAAAAUGUUGUAACGGAAGUUUGUUAUCCUAAUUUUGAUAUUAGACCAUAUCUUGGAAAAAAUAAUUUUAAUCUUCAUAUAUGGCAUAUCAUAUGGAAUGGUUUUACUUAUCCUUUAUUUUCACGUAAUGAUUAUAGGGAUAUGAAAGAUAGAUUUUUAAAAGAGAUUAAUAUGUAUCGAGAACUUCAUGAUUCUUUUUUUCUAUUUGAAAGUCUAACAUUAACUGAGAUUGCUCAAUACCAUGCAGAUUAUUUAGCAAAGUAUAAAUUAGUAUCAAGAAAAUUUGAAAGCAUGUAUGGUGAAACAGUGGGUGUUGCAUUUUAUCCUGCUAGUUCAGUUAUUGUUAAGAAAUGGUAUGAUGAAAGUUUAUUUUAUAAAUUUGGUAGUAAAAAUCCUGUUUAUGGUACUCAGAUGUUUACGCAAAUGAUGUGGAAAGAAUCACGACGAAUUGGUAUUGGUAUUGCCAGAAAUGACGAUGUUUUAUGGUUGGUUUGUAAAUAUAGUCCAAAAGGAAAUAUAAGAGGAAGAUUCAGAGAAAAUGUUUUACCAUUAAGUAAAAAUAAAGAAAAGAGAAGUUUUUGGAGUCGAAUGAAAGCAUUAAAAGGAUUAAAAGGUUAA